AUGGCGGGGCUACCUGAUAAUGUCAACAUCGUCACGAGCUCUCUCGAUGCGGAGAUUUAUCGUGGCUUUUGGAUGAACCGCUCCGUUCAUUUCAUUGAAGGAGCAACAUUGACACUGGGUCACAGAAGCGGCGAACUUCUGAUUGCAUUCUUGGCUCUGUACGUCAAUGCAAGCGGUCGAGGCCUCUGGAAACUCGUUCGUUGCAUUUUGUACUUCAAAGGGUCCUCACAAGCAAGUCCAGACGGUCCUUAUCUACAGCGUCAAGCUACCUUGCGAAACUCAAACUUGGCUCUUGAUGCAGUCGUUGAGCUCCUGGACAUAUGGCGAACAUGGCGUCAGAGGGUGCUGAAAAGCCAACGGAAAACUCUAGAUGCAGCUUUCGUUGCUCUGCUGGUAGCCGUCGGCUUCAUUCUAGCUGGUAUCUUUUCGUCCCGCGUAUCCCAAGGCACAAAAGAUGUCCUUAUUUCUGGCCCCACUGACAAAUGUGGCGUCAAUCUAACAGGCGUCGGGUUUAUCAGAUCCGAAAAUCAGGAUGUGCAGGCAUACAUUGCACCAUUCUUAAACCAAAAGUCGGGUGACUAUCUGAAAUAUGCUCAACGCUGCUAUCAAGAGGAAGACAAGUCUCAACUGCCCGACGAGUGCUAUAUCCUGCCAACUCCAACCCUGCCUUACACUAAAGAGACCAACGCUCCCUGCCCUUUUCCCGAUAAGGCUCAAUGUAAGCUGCAAUACGGCAAUCUUAUAGUCGAGACAGAGCUGCUGGACGGCUACAAACAUCUUGGGUUGAACCGCGGUCCACCUUUGACCAUGAGGGUGAAGCAUCAUUGCGCACCUUUGAACGUUACAGCCGAUACUACUUCGUCACCCGGUAUCUGGAAGUAUUAUCUCGGGGCCAGGAAAGACAAUCUGACGUUCGAAAGUAAGGAAGACACAAGCACAUCAGCCUCGAGCCAUAGAGGCAACUACGUAGUCUACGCAGUUAGCCCACUCGAACUGGAAUCCCGCUAUGGAGACCGAAUCCUGUUCAUCGACGGGUUCAAUGUCAAGGAUACGAGUACAACCAUGCUUUUCCUGGUUUCGUCAUUCGUCAACUAUUUGAACAAGACAGACGAUCCCUGGUUUUCAGCCACGAAGCUCGGGAUCAAUGGCACUUACAGCUCUGAUCAAGUCGUCUCAGUGAUCGGAUGUACAACCAAGAGAGAGUAUUGCAACCCGCAGUCGGGAAACUGUGUACAAGUCUAUCAAAAGUACGACAAACAAGAAGCUGCGUUCGAGCGGGCAUGGAGCGACGAAAAGGAUCGCGAACAUCUGCGUCCUAUAGCGAUGACUUUGCAUCAAUUUGGCGCGGAAAGUAUAGGGGCUUUCUUCGGAGCUAGAAAUGUGCCGAACCUGCUCGCAAGGCAAACCCUAAGACUUCCACCAGUAACUUACACGCCCGUUCAUGCGAAUCAGACAAAAGCAUUGCCUUCAGACCAAUGGCAAAAGGAGAUGGUGUACCUCAGCCAAGCCAAUUUUGCAGCUAUGCAACAUUCUUUGGUGGACUACGCGAGGGGAUCAUGGCUCGGUGGGGAUCUAUGUGAUCGGGGCAUAUGCAGAAGACAAUGCCGGAGCCAGAGAGUUCGCAGCUCGAAACACUACUCUUUCAGCGUCCUAGGCAUGUCGAUCAUACUCAUUGUUGGUGGCAUCAUUCAGUUCCUGGCCUUCUUCUUGGACGAAAUCUUGGCUCUUCUAUUCAAGUUCAGACGCAUCCGCAACAAUGAAGACUUCGACUACGCAUACGCCGAGUGGCAAGUUGGGUCCACGCUGCAAUUGCAGCGAUUAGCGCACGAGGGCGUGGGCGCAGGCACCUGGACUAAAGCAACGGAUCUAGUACCGGUUACGCGUUCAAGUGAUACCCUUGCCGUUCUGGAUGUUCGUGAUCGCGAUCAUCCACGACUGGUACUGCAUCCACGUGAGCUUACGGUCAUUCACACCAACAUAUCUACUAGUAAAAAUUCAUCAACUCGGUAUGAGAGGCUCGGUGAUAGGGACGAGCAGUAG